AAGCCAUCAUUUAAUGUCAAUUUUUAAUUUCAACUUUUUGUUUUUAAUUUAUUAUUAUAUUUACAUUAAAAUGGAUCAAUUCGAUACAACUUGCCGAACUUGUAAUGCCAUAAGAUUAAAUUUAGUAAAUCUCUAUUCGGAUUCCCUUGGAAAUAAUGAUGCCAUCAAACUGUAUGAUGCUUUGUGUUCCGUCUGUCCAUGGCUAUCAAUACAAAACAAUGACAAAUUGCCGCAAAAGAUUUGUUUCUUUUGCUCAAAACAAUUAGAAAUUGCAUAUAAAUUUCAACAACAAUGCAAGAAAUCUGAUAAAGAAUUAUGGCAAGUUGUUAACGAUUCAGUAAAAGAGGAAUCCUCACAAGUAGAAUCCGUCGAAAACGACGAUGAAGAAUCAUCAGAAGAUGAACAAAUUGAAAACUGUGACGAAAUAUUUUGCCAGGAAGAAGAUGGCGAAGAUGUCACAACAAUUGAAGGAAGUCCCGAGUUUUUAGAAGACGAUGAUGAUGAUGAAAAUAUGGAAACAAGUCCUCAACCAAGCCCAGUUAGAGUCGACGAAACACCAGCACCAGAUGAAGAUUCUAGUAAAACACCUUUUGAUUGUAAACACUGCGACAAAAAGUAUUUAACAUCAAAUGGGUUACUCUUGCACAUGAAACUUGCUCAUAAAAAUUUAAACCCCACUCCGAUUGAAACAUUUCCCUGCAAAUACUGCGAUAAAGUAUUUGAUAGUCAUGAUGAUAGAAAAGAUCACUAUCAUUUGGAACACAAAAACGAUUCCAAAAGUGAAGUAACUUGUCACAUUUGUCAAAAGAGUUUUAUUGGCAAAAACAAGUUGGAUCAUCAUUUAUUGUAUCAUGAAAAGAAUCAAUUUAAAUGCCUGGUAAAAGACUGCAAACGAACUUUCCUCAUCAAGUACAAGCUUACUGACCACCUCAAGCGUUUCCAUGGAAUUGUUCUUAAUAUAAAGCAAUCAAAAGCAUUAAAAGCAAAUUCGAACAAAGCCUGGGAAUCAAAGACUUCAAAUUCAUUACUCAGCAUUGAUGCCAUAUAAUUGUCCUAGUCUAAUUUGUCUAUCCGGUCUAGGUUGGAAAAGAAAGUACCCACAAUAAAACUAAAGAUGGAAAAAGGGACGACGUUUCGUUUUUCUCCUUCCCAAAAGAUGAAGAACUUUGCCAAAAGUGGAUUGCUGCAUGCUGCAGGGCAGACGAUA